AUGUUCACGUUUGCACAACCUUCGUAUCACCACCACUACAUCCCAUACGAGGAGCUAGCAAUGCAGCAAGAGCUCCAGCGGCGGCGGCAGAUGCAAGCAUACAUACGCCGACAGCAAGAAGCAGAGGAGAUGGAGCGACGUCGGAGAGAGUAUGAAGCUGCGGUGCGACGAGCAGAGUACGAGCGGCAAGUUGAGGCGGAGCUGGAGCGACGACGACAAGCAGAACUGCAAAGGCGGCGACAGGCACAGCAGUGUCGUUCGCGGCAGUCAAUGUACGAUGGAGGGCUUGAGGGUCUUCUCGAGGCUCUGUAUGGCGGACAGGGUCAUAGGCAAGAGGACCGUCAGACAAAUACUCCACUACGAACACCAUCCACACCACCUAUGUUUUCGCCUACGCCCAAACCCACUGCGACCGAUGCCCCCGCAUCAUCUACACAAUCUCCUGCUCCAGCCGAGCCCAGGUCUGCGGUCGAAACCGAACCAGAAGUAGACGAGCAGCAAAUCGACACCGCACCCUCGCACGCUGCAAUCCAGUCUAUCCUAUCUUCGUUCGCCACUCUCCAGUCCGAGUUUACGUUCCCGACCCACAUCGACUUUCUACCCGGCCCGUCACCGAAACUUGCAUACACAGCCAACAAUGCACCGGUGCAUGGGUACGAGCACGCGCUGACGGGACUGCUGACGAAACUGGAUGGAGUGGAGUCGUACGGAGAUGCAGAAGUAAGAAGGGCACGGAAGGAAGCAGUGAAUGCGAUUGAGAGGGAGCUGGAACGGCUUGACAAGAUGAAGACGGACGCAUGGAAGAAUACCAAUGAACCACAAGCCGAAGUAUCUGCGAUGGAGGCAUGCGAGUCUGAGAUAGGCACAGCCGAAGUAGACCCGGUAUCGGUACCACUGCCUGAAGACAUGGACCUGGAGAACGAUUCGACAGAAGCGAUGGACUCGGACGAACGCACCGUGGAUGAACAUCCUUCGUUGGCGGUCCUGGAUCCAGCCCCAGCCUCUAAUGUGCAAACCGAACUUGCUUCACCACCGGACGUCGAGCAGUCUGUUCAUGCCGAGUCUGUCGUCAGCCCCACCACUCUUACCACUGUCCCUACAUCACAUACUAUGGGGACCGAGCGUACCAUCUCAUCAGAACUACCUGGUGAUGGGACUGGUAGUACCUUGACAACUUAUACUCCUCACGUCGAGUCUCUCGCAAGAUCGCUCUUAUCCCCAUCACCUUCGGAGACGAGCGAGUCUGACGUUGAGCUGGAGGACUAUGUCGAUGUAGAGACGAUGUCCACGUCGGGCGAAGAAACAGACGAAGCAGAAGAGGUCAAGAGAGAUGGAGACUUGGAGCUGAUGCGGGAUCGGGAUUUGGACUUUUGA